CUCCCUGCAGACUGUAGUAGUACCAAUUAUCAAUGCAUACCAGCAGCUCAGCCCAUGGAGCCGCUACCGCCUCCUCUUCAUCCUACUCGCGGCGCUCAAUCCGCUGGAAGUACGAGGUGUUUCUGAGCUUUAGAGGCGUCGACACCCGCAACACCUUCACAGACCACCUCUUCAUUGCGUUACGCAAUGCUGGAAUUAACACGUUUAUAGACAACCAGCUCAGAAGGGGGGAAAACAUGCAGAGUGAACUUGACCAAGAAAUCGAAGGGUCGAGAAUCGCCGUCAUCGUCUUCUCGAAGAGGUACGCGGAGUCCAAGUGGUGCCUGAGGGAGCUGGCCAAGAUCAUGAGGUGCCGAGAAGAUCAAGAGGGCAAAAUAGUCUAUCCAAUAUUCUACGACGUUGAUCCUUCUGACGUCAGGAAACAGGGUGGUGGUUUUGCGGAGGCAUUUCGGAAGCAUGAAAGGGAUGAAGAUCCAAAUGAGGUCAAGCAGUGGAGAAAGGAUCUUAAGGCUUCUGCAGAUUUGGGUGGCCGGAAUCUUAAAACCACGGCGGACGGGCGUGAAGGAUUGUUUAUCGAGAAAAUUGUUGGGGACGUCAAGGGACUACUGAAAACCACAUACUUAAAAGAAGCAAAGCACUCAGUUGGAAUAGAUUUUCGUUUGCAAGAAUUCAGUACUGAAUACUUAGACGUUGGAGGUUCACCUGAUGUUCAAAUAAUUGGAAUUUGGGGUAUGGGCGGUAUAGGUAAAACUACGCUUGCGAGAGCCGUUUUUAGCAAAUAUCAUCGUAGUUUUAGUCAUCAAUGUUACCUUGAAGAUGUGAGGAGUAAAAAGAAGGAGAUGGUUAGUCUGCAAGAACAACUUCUUCGAGAUAUUUUAAAACAGCCUGACAUUAAGGUAAGCAGUGUUGCUGAAGGGACCAAGGAGAUAGGAAAAAGACUUAGAAGCAUGAAGGUACUCAUCGUAGUUGAUGACAUAGAUGAUGCGGACCAAUUAGAUGAAUUGGCGAUAGAACAUGAAUCGUUUGGUCCAGGGAGUAGGAUUAUUGUCAUAACAAGAGAUGAACAAGUGUUAAAUAUUCUUAAGGUGGAUAAAAUAUACGAGGCACAAGAAAUGACAGAUAAAGAAGCUCUUGAGCUCCUUAGUUGGCAUGCCUUUGGAAGUCAUUGUCCUGAUAAAGAAUAUAUUGAACUUGCAAGAGAUGUUGUUGAUUACUGUGCAGGGUUGCCACUGGCUCUUAAAGUUGUAGGGCGUUUGUUGGCUAAAAAAAGUAAAAGCAUAUGGAAAAGUACAUUGGAUAAAUUGGGAAAUAUUUUGCAUGGAAAAAUUCAUGAAACGCUUAAAAUAAGCUAUGAUGGGCUAAGUGACGAUCAUAUGAAGGGUGUGUUCCUUGACGUAUGUAUUUUCUUUGUUGGAUGCGAUAUAACUGAUGUCAUGUCAAUAUUGGAUGGCUGUAGUCGCUAUUCUGUAGAAUCAGAUAUCAGCACCCUCCAAGAUCGAUGUCUUCUAGAUAUUGAUUCAGAAGACACACUGAGAAUGCAUGAUUUGAUUCAAGACAUGGGAAAAGAAAUUGUGCAGGCAGAAUCUGUUGCAGAACCUGAAAAACGUAGUCGAUUGUGGCAUUGUGAAGAUGUAACAAGCGUGUUAAGGAACGAAUCUGGAACGGAAGCAAUUAGAGGACUAAUUUUAGAGUUGCCAGAAAAUUCUGAUGAGCAUAGCUUCCGCACAGAAGCAUUUAAGAAUAUGCGGCAUCUGAAAUUUCUCAUACUCAAAUAUGUAAAGGUCACUGGAAGCUACCGUCAUCUUUCCAAGGAGUUAAGAUUGUUGUGUUGGCAUGGAUUUCCUCUAGAGGUCAUACCCGAAGAUUUUGAUUUACGAAACUUAGUUCAUAUUGACUUGAAAUACAGCAAGCUUGUACAAGUUUGGGAGGAUUCAGACCGGUUGCCGGAGAAGUUGAAGGUUCUUACUCUCGAUCAUUCCUGUAACCUGACUCAAUUACCAGACUUCUCAAAACUCCCAAAUCUCGAGGAAUUGAACCUCGAAGGCUGUAAGGGUGUGUCUGGGGGUUACCAUAACUUAGCACAACUGAAGAUGCUUCAUUAUUUAAAUCUCCGCGACUGCAACAUAACGGAUGAUGCAAUUCUUGAAAACCUUGGAAGGAGUCUAUGUUCUGUAAGGAGUUUAAUACUAGAUGGAAAUGGUUUUAAUCGGCUGCCCAUCCUCAGUGGCCUUUCCCAGCUUGAGUUAUUAAGUUUAAAUCAUUGCACAAACCUUCAAGCAAUCCCAGAUUUGCCCACGAGUUUGAUUACACUGGAAGCGAAUUACUGCACUGCACUGGAACUAAUGCCCGACUUUUCAGAGAUGUUCAAUAUGGAGGAAUUGCAACUGAAAGACUGCCGCAAACUCAAAGAUAUUCCAAACUUGGAUAACUCAUUGUACAACAUGGUUACCAUUCAUAUGGAAGGGUGCACCAGUCUCACUGAUACUUUUAAGAAGAGCCUCCUAGUGAAAAGGAACGUGAAUGCAUUUGGUGGAAUUUUUCUCUCUGGAAAUGAUAUUCCUUACUGGUUAGCCUAUGCCGUCAGAGAGGAUGAAACUGUCCAAUUCGAAGUGCCUGAAAUUGUUGAAGUGCCGGCAAGUAUUGAUUUUAUGAUAGAACGGGCUGAGCGCUUCCUUAAUUCUUCGCCAAGUAUUGAUUAUAUAGGAAUAGGAGGGUUGGCUGUGUGCAUCGUUUAUUCUUCAGACCACUCCCACUGUACUGAGUCUCUAUGCAUUCAUGUUGUUAAUCGUACCCAGCGAACUCAUUUUCUCAUUUGGCGAAUAGAUGCCACCGUAACUGCUUCCCAUGAAUAUUAUCUUUGGCUGGGAAGUCUUUCAAACAGGAAGCUCAAUCUGAAAGGUGGCGACAAGGUUUGUGUUCAUGCAGAAUUUUAUGGAACAGAGGAUGAUCAUAAAAUUAAGGUGAAGAAAACAGGAGUGGAUUUUAUAGAAUGGGAGCGUAAUUUACCUUCAGGAAUGGAAGAUGUGGACUAUGAGCGUGUCCCAUAUGAGUCUGAUGAUGAUACUGAUGAGGAGGACUAUGAGUCUAAUGAUGAUAUUGAUGAGGACUAUCAGACUAUACCAUAGUUAAGCGAUCACUCAUCUGACGAGGACGGAUAUUGUGAGAUUAAGGUUUGAUCUCAAUAUUGAAAGCUUUGAGGAUGAAGAAACAACUGGGAAUUGAAAGAAAGCGCAGUAAAGAGAAUUGCAGGGAAGCUACGUAGACAUAUACUACAAACUUGUUUAUAAGUCUUACCCAAUCAGGUCAUUUUAUUUUUCUUUUAUCUUUUUUCCUCUGCGAAGUCCAUGACAGCAUGUUUUUACGUCUCAGUGUUUGUAAGAGUAAUCUUUGAGGUUGGGGCCUGUUUGAGAUUGUUCAUAUGGCUUAAAGAAGCAUUUUAUGGAGAAGCAUAUGCCUUUUUUUUUUUCUUUUUUUUUUUUUUUGUCGAAAACCAUUCUUAAGUGGUUUUCGAAGAAAGUUGAAAUUCUACUAUAAAAUCA